ACCCGAACCAGGCACCAAGACAGACGAUGCAGCAACACCAAUCACGAGCGGGUACAACACGAAGCGCAACGAGUUUGACCCGGAAUACGACAACGAGGCAGAGGCUCCGCUGGCUGAGCUGGAAUUCAAAGAGUCGGACUCGAGCGUGGACAGACAGCUCAAGAUCAAGAUGCUUCACAUAUACUACUCCAGGCUGGAAGAGCGGUCCCGGCGCAAGGCCUUUAUUUUGGAACGUGGGUUGCUGGACCCGAGAAGAGUGGAUGGGACGAUUCGACCCGAAACCAGCAGCAGAAGGAACAGGGACAGGGACAGGGCGGAUGAAAGCAAGAGAGAGGAGGGGGCGGAGGGGGGGAACAGGGGAGGGGAAAGGGAAGGGGAAGCUGUGGGGGAGAUGGGGGCAGAGGGGGGAGAUGGUGGGGUGGAGAAGGGGGAAGGAGGAGGGAAACGCGGAGGGAAGCGAGGAGGCGACGGGGAGAGGAGAAGGUCGAAGGAGGAGAGGGAGAUGUUUCUGCGGUGCCGCGUGUUUGCUCGGUUUCUCAGUGCAGAAGAGCACGAGGGGCUGGUGCAGAGCUUGACCCAAGCGCAGAGGCUUAGAGACAGAGUGGCCGUGCUACAGGAACUCAGAGCAGCAGGGUGCAAGUCACUGGCAGAGGGUCGUCGGUUCAUCCAGGCUCAUUACAAGGACAACCCUGCCGCUGCCGCUGCUGCUAUUGCAUGCCUUCCACCCUCCGCCACAGCCAUCAGCACAGCAUCAUCAGGAGGCGCUUCAGCAGCUCUUGACAUCUCCUCCCACCCAGGAUGCGACCUGCUGUCACCCAAGGAGCGUGAGCUGUGCACACACAUGCGCCUGCUGCCAGCACACUACCUCUGGGCCAAGCAGGUCAUCUUGCAACAAGCAGCCCUCUCAGGAGGGGCCAUCUCACGAGCAGCGGUCCACCGACUCUUCCGCCUGCCUCCAGCCACCACUGAUGCCAUCUUCAGGCUCUUGCUGGGCGCUAGAUGGAUAGCUGAAGCUGGAGGCAACAAUGCUGCUGGGGGAAUGGGAGGGGCGAUGGGAGGGGGGAAGGGGGGGGGGAUGGGAGGGGGGAUGGUGAAACAGGAAGGGAUAUCUUUGCCCCUCCAGCCACCGUUGAUGCCCUUUUCAGGCUUUCUGCUGGGGUUUGGCUGGAUAUCUGAAGCUGGGGGGCCUAGUGCUGGUGGGGGAAGGGAUGGGGGGAUGGAUGGAGGAAUGUGGGGAGCAAUGGUGAAUCAGGGAAGGGAUGUGAUGUGA